AUGGGCACCGGUGCAAGUGCGACCAUCGCCGAAACGGCAAAAAGCGUCUCCGAUGAUGAUUUGAAGGCCGCCUUCAAAGAUGUUUCGGCCGCCGACAGGAUGAGAAUAGCAGCGGCUGCAGUUGACGGGAUUGACCAGUAUGGAGCUGUUGCCGAUGGCGGUGGAGUAAAGAGCCCCGGACUACCAGAAGCACCGGCAGAUUGGAUCAAGGAAUGUCUCGAUUGCCACAACAAGUUCAGGGCGAACCACGGUGUGCCAGCCCUGGAGUGGAGUCACGAGUGCUAUGAGUUUGCGUUGCUGCAGGCAGAGGCAUGCCAGGCGUGGUACAAUGAGAUCAAGGUGUGGAAAGGCACCACGAAGGUGGGCAUGGCGAAGUCCAAGGAUGGCUGCUUCAUGGUGGCCAAUUACUUCCCAGGUGGCAACGUCACCAAUGAAGGAUACUACAAGGAGAACAUUCCAGCUCCCAAGGCCGAUAUGUGGGCCAAGCUCAUGGCGGUUGAGGUCGUUGAGAGCAAAUCGAAGCCACAGGUGGUGGACGCCAAUUUCGAUGCAACUGCAGAAUGCUCCAAGUCAGCGGUAACAGCGACAUCCAUGACAACAGAGAUGGAAGCCGCUCUUAAGGGCUGCCCUUUCAAGGAUUAUCUUGAAGACGUCAAGAAGGCUUUUGACAAGAACGGUAAAGUCACGGUCGAUCGGCAAGGUAAUGAUGUAAAGAUCGUGAUUGAAGUCGGCGAUGUGAUCAAUGAGCUGAACGGCUCCUGGUGA